GCCUCCGCCAGCUAGUGAAGGUGAGCGUCUCCUCCAGUCGCCGAACCGAGCCCCAACCGAGCAGCUAGCUCCAGGUCCCCUGUCAAGGCUCUCCGCAGAUUCYUGCUCUGUAUCCAUGGCGCCUCCGUCAGUCUUUGCCGAGGUUCCGCAGGCCCAGCCCGUCCUUGUCUUUAAGCUCACGGCUGACUUCCGGGAGGAUCCAGACCCCCGCAAGGUCAAUUUAGGAGUAGGAGCUUAUCGCACAGAUGAUUGCCAGCCCUGGGUUUUGCCAGUAGUGAGGAAAGUGGAACAGAAGAUCGCUAAUGACAGUAGCCUCAACCACGAGUAUCUGCCCAUCCUGGGCCUGGCAGAGUUCCGGACCUGUGCUUCUCGUCUUGUCCUUGGAGAUGACAGUCCAGCUCUCCAGGAGAAGCGGGUGGGAGGUGUCCAGUCUUUGGGGGGAACAGGUGCACUUCGAAUUGGAGCUGAKUUCUUAGCUCGAUGGUACAAUGGAACGAACAACAAGGAUACACCUGUCUAUGUAUCGUCCCCAACCUGGGAGAACCAUAAUGCUGUAUUUUCUGCUGCUGGUUUUAAAGACAUUCGAUCUUAUCACUACUGGGAUGCAGAGAAGAGAGGACUUGACCUCCAGGGUUUCCUGAAUGAUCUAGAGAAUGCUCCCGAGUUCUCCAUCUUUGUCCUCCAUGCCUGUGCACACAACCCAACUGGGACUGACCCAACUCCAGAGCAGUGGAAGCAGAUCGCUUCUGUCAUGAAGCGCCGGUUUCUGUUCCCCUUCUUUGACUCAGCCUAUCAGGGCUUUGCAUCUGGAGAUCUAGAGAAAGACGCCUGGGCCAUUCGCUAUUUUGUGUCUGAAGGCUUCGAGCUCUUCUGUGCCCAGUCCUUCUCCAAGAACUUCGGGCUCUACAAUGAGCGAGUGGGUAAUCUGACCGUGGUUGGAAAAGAAUCUGAGAGCAUCCUGCGAGUGCUUUCCCAGAYGGAGAAGAUUGUGCGGAUUACAUGGUCCAAUCCCCCUGCUCAGGGAGCACGAAUUGUGGCCWCUACCCUUUCUAACCCUGAACUCUUUAAAGAAUGGACAGGCAAUGUGAAGACAAUGGCUGACCGGAUUCUGACCAUGCGAUCUGAACUCAGGGCCCGAUUAGAAGCCCUUAAGACUCCUGGGACCUGGACUCAYAUCACUGAGCAGAUUGGCAUGUUCAGCUUCACUGGGUUGAACCCCAAGCAGGUUGAGUAUCUAAUCAACGAGAAGCACAUUUAUCUACUGCCAAGUGGUCGGAUCAACAUGUGCGGCUUAACCACCAAAAAUAUAGAUUAUGUGGCUACCUCCAUCCAUGAAGCAGUUWCCAAAAUCCAGUGAAGAAACACCAUCCAGUCCACACCACCAAAGCUGCUGUGUCACGUGUGUUCCCUGCCUGCGCAAACCUAGUUGUACAUAUCAUGGAUUAGAGAUGACUGAAGAACUGAAAGGUUGCCCUGGUGAAGCCACCUCUAUUUAGGUUGGCCCCACGUGAACAGAAUGUCCUUGAAAAUAAUUAGGGGCUUGAGAUUAGAACCUUUUGAAGGCCAGAGAAAAUUAAGGUUUUUAUUUAAGAAUAAAUAUUUUGAUCAUGAGACGUAGGUACCUUGCCCCCUUGCUAGAAGCGGGAGUGCUGUUUGUGUGCUUCUGCUGCGUGUUAUCUGACUCUGAACAAAGUCUAGUCCCAAAAGAACAUGUUGUCUGAAGGAGCCAUGUGUGAUUGAUGGCUGUGGCAUUAAAACUCAUCAUCUCCACCCUGUGUCUUGUCUCCCUGCUCCUUCUGCAUGGUCGUGUUGCUAGUCUGCAACUAGUUCCGUAGGAUGACUGUGGAAAGAAAUGUAUUUACAUCAUGACACAGAAACACACUUGCGCUUAAUUGAAAAAAGUUUCACGACACAGUAUCAACCCUUGCCAUGUGUAGUGUAUUCUAAGAUUUUUCUAUUCUAUUCAAUUGUGUUCUGUUUCAUUGGAAAAAUAAAAAUGCUGAUCAAGA